AUGAAUCUGUCCAUAGAGAAUAGAUCUCAAAAUUUAGAAAUGACUUCGACGCAGCACGAAAUUAGCUCGGCAAACCUGGGGGGAUCAGAACGAACUGACUACUUCGGUCUGCAAGAGAAAGCCUCGCCUGGUUAUGGAUCAGAAAGGAAUUACGGCGUUGGCGGUAGAAGGAGAGGAGCAGAGUACGCCAAAAGAUACCUAGAGGAACACCAAGCUAAAAAGGAUUCAGAAGGGAUGAAGAGAACAAUGGUGGAUGUAGUGAAAUCUCAAGCCAUUUGCCCAAUGGCGAUUCGAGAGCACGGCUCUCCGGAAAUCGUGCACACAAACGCAUACGCGCUGGAUAGUGACUCCGAAAGUUGUAUUGAUUAUGACAGCUGUAUUGAAUAUGACAGCGACAAUACCUGCUGCAACUUCAGUAGAAGAGAAUUUAUCCACACACCUUCAGACGGAGAGAUUUCUUCAAACAAUUCAUCAUUUCUGAAAGAUAGUGAGGUCGCUCAUCAGAAGAGCAAGCGUUGCGGUCAGAGCAAAAAGCAUUGCUACAGAUCCCAGAGUCAAAGAACUAAAUGCGCUUCAUCCUGUCCUAGUGAAAUAAUCUUCGAGGAUACAAGUGGAAAACGCAAAGAACCAAUUGAAAUAUCAUUUCAGGUAAAGCACAAAGAGCGGCCAGUUGAUUCAGCGCAAUUGUUGCCCUCGGAUGACAAGAUUCAGCGACUACCCAAGACUCCUAUCCCUAGAACACCUGGAGGCAUGGAUACUAUUAUCAGUCACAAAGUAAGUUACGACACGCAGGCUCUCGAAAAUAAUAUUGAGGAAAGGUAUAACGGUGGCAAAAAUUUUGAACUGAAACUCAAAGAAAGCGCUAUGUUUGAUCGUCGCAAGCGCAAAGAUAGUGGCUCGGGAUCGCGGCAAAUUUCAAAUUCUUGA